GCUCGCGCAAGCGCCUGGGCCCUCCCCAUGGCUCCGCCCACGGCCCGCCCUGGCCGGGGCCCCCUCCCUCGACAUGCACUUCCGGCGACGCCUUCUAGCUGACCCCCAAGCAGCCCAGCGAAACUCAGCGGAGCGCGCGCAGCGCGAUGGACGGUCGGGUGCAACUGAUGAAGGCCCUCCUGGCCCGGCCCCUCCGGCCCGCGGCGCGUCGCUGGAGGAAUCCGAUUCCCUUUCCCGAGACGUUUGACGGCGAUACCGACCGGCUCCCGGAGUUCAUCGUGCAGACGGGCUCCUACAUGUUCGUGGACGAGAACACGUUCUCCAACGACGCCCUGAAGGUGACGUUCCUCAUCACCCGCCUCACGGGGCCCGCCCUGCAGUGGGUGAUCCCCUACAUCAAGAAGGAGAGCCCCCUACUCAGUGAUUACCGGGGCUUCCUGGCCGAGAUGAAGCGGGUCUUUGGAUGGGAGGAGGACGAGGACUUCUAGGCCGGGAGACCCUCGGGCCUAGGGGCGGGUGCUCUGGGGAGGGUCCGCUGUGCCAGUGGCCACCGCCAGGGUCUCUACAGGCGCCCUCCCUCCGCGCCUCUCUCCCUCUCGAGUGUCCCCUGCGCUCCUGUCCCCUCCCGCUCCUGUCCCCUCCCGCGUAGUGCUUGCCUUUGUUCCAGGAAUAGCGUUCCAGGCUCCUGCUGCCGCCCCUGGGCCUCACUCUGGAGCGGGCUGCCUCCACCCUCUCGUGCCAGCCCAGCCCUUCCCAUGCACAUUUGGACGCCGUCCUGCGCUCCAGCUGCACAAAGCUGGGCUCCUGUUACACACUGGACAGCCCACACACAGCCGUGGCUGUCAACCCCCCUCCACUCCUCCAGACUGCCAGCCGAGUACAUCAUUCUGCCCACAAACCUACGCUACCACUGCCAUCGCCGUCCACCGCAUCUCAUCAACAGACUGCCGCUCCUAGUGAUCUGGACUCACCUCAGAGGUCUCUGAGCUGGACACAGCCCCUGGACAGUGAUCCAGACAGCUGGCCGCCCCCCAAGGAGCCUGUCACCUUCAGCAAGACCCAUUUCCUCCCCAUCCCCAGAGACCUCUUGUGUUCCUGCCACAUAGCUGCCAGGGCUUAGGUGUGCCUGGCAACCAAAUGGAAUCUCUCAUUUUCUCCUGUGGACCAGUUAGUUUUGCCUAGAAUCCUGUUUUCUUCUGAAUUUGCAGCUGUCUCUCUGAUGUGUGCCUUUUGUUCAACACAGUAAGCCCUGCUCCCUGCCCUGCUCUAAUACACUACCUGUACAAGGUCUUUUCCUUAUUUUAAUAAAUGUCAGACACUAUUAAAUAGAAA